AUGCUCACCGACGCCAACGCACUACACAAGUCCAUCGUGGUGCUGUCGGUCCCCGUUCUCAGAACGGGUGUGCUGGGAGACGUCAAGAUCAUUCAUUCAUUGACCUCUCGCACUCCGACCGGUACCAUCAACACCUCUACCAGCCUAGCAUCCAGCAUGCGCUCUCCUACCAUACUCCCCAUUCGUCGUGUCAACUCUUGCCCAGGCCAUCUUUCAACUACCCUCAGUGGCCCAAGACUGACACGCAUCUUGCCGGAAUCUCAACGCCGUCUCGAUCCUAUCACCCUCGCAGGCCUCGAAUCUUCCUUUUCCAUUCCCCAGAAGCCUAUCCGCAUUCUCGAUACCCUCCCACCUAACUUCAACGCCACCACCGCCAACGCUGAUAGCGGUGGGACACCCAACCCUAUCGACUCCAUCAGUGGACAGGUAUACGCCCCUCUCCCCGCCAUCCUCCCCAAGACCCCCAAGCCACGACGACGACAACCAUUCUAUCGCGGCAGAGAUAAAGUAAAGGGCGCUGUCACGAAUCCCAAUCUCCGCGCUAUCUUCGCCGAUAAAUCGUAUCCCAGGGAGCGGAGGAAGGCUGCUGGGGAGCGACCUGUGCUGAAGAUGGGGAUUAGUAAGGAGUAUGAGUGA